AUGACCCUCAUACAUGAUGAUUACACGGUUGGCUGGAUCUGUGCGUUGCCAUUAGAAAUGGCGGCCGCGAAGAUUAUGCUCGAUGAGGUCCAUCCUUCACUCCGCCAGCCACAAUCCGACCACAACGUCUACACUCUCGGAAGCAUUAGCGGUCACAAUGUAGUGGUGGCCUGUUUGCCGUCUGGGGUUUACGGGACCACCUCUGCUGCGAUUGUGCUUGCCCACAUGUUGCCAACAUUCCCCUCUCUUCAAUUUGCGUUGAUGGUAGGUAUUGGAGGCGGCGUGCCCAGCCAAGGCACUGAUAUUCGACUGGGUGAUGUGGUCGUUAGUAUGCCAACCCCGACUUCGGGAGGUGUGAUUCAGUAUGACUACGGCAAAUCACUUCACGAUGGACGUUUCCAACGAACAGGAUCCCUCAACAAGCCUCCUCAAGUUUUACUGACGGCGGUAUCCCAAAUACGCAGCGAUACUAUGAUCGGAAAACUGUCUAUUGGGGUAGUUAUAUCGGAUGUGCUCCAAAUACCUGAAAACUGUCAGCAAUUUUCGCGCCCAGACCAAGAUUGGCUUUUCAAUUCAACAUAUGAUCAUCAGAGCCCCAACCCCAGUUGUUUAACUUGUGAUCAGGCCCAGUUGGUGCGUCGUACGCCGCGAGUAACUAAUAAGCCUCAUAUUCAUUAUGGGCUAAUCGCUUCUGGGAACCAAGUUAUGAAGGAUGCCAAGAGACGAGACCUCAUUGCCCAGGCCAUGGACAUUUUAUGCUUUGAGAUGGAGGCAGCUGGGCUUAUGGACCAACUGCCAUGCCUGGUAAUUCGAGGAAUUUGCGACUAUUGUGACUCUCACAAGCACAAACAAUGGCAAGGAUAUGCGGCGCUCACCGCAGCUGCGUACACUAAGAAACUUUUAUCAGUGGUUCCGUUGGCCGCUACACAAGAGGUUAGCACUAGCAAAUUUCAUGUCCCACUAGACCUGACAGCAGUGCCCGCCAUUGAAGAGUUUAUUGGACGACAAGAUGACCUCAGCAGGCUAUGGGACUAUUUACAACCAGCUACUUCAGAGUCACGAAAGGUUGCCAUUCUCCACGGCCUCGGUGGGAUGGGAAAAACACAACUGGCCAUUCACUUUGCACGCAAGUAUCAUAAUAACUUUACAGCAGUAUUCUGGUUAAGUGGCAAGGACCGAUCUACAUUAAUUCAGUCUUUAAGCUCUUGUCUGCCACGAGUGCGAGGGCAUCCUACAGAUGUUAAAGCGACUACUGAAGAAGAAGCAGAGCAAAGAGCUAAAGAAGUGCUACGGUGGCUAGCAAUCCAGGAUAACCGGAGGUGGUUAAUAAUCUUCGAUAAUAUUGAUCAGUACUGCCUGUCGCAUGACAGUAACAGUAAUGAAUAUGAUAUUAAGGAAUUCUUUCCUACUGCUGAUCAUGGAUCUAUACUGAUCACUUCUCGCCUCCAAAGAUUAACAGAAUUAGGAAAGUCAUUUCCAGUCCAAAGACUUGCAACCGAAGAUGCCAUUCAGCUCUUACUGCUGAAUGUGGCUGGCCUUACUAACCGGUUAGAUGGGUUGCCGCUGGCAAUUGUCAUUGCCGGUGCAUUUAUGCGCGAGACAGGCACCGGCAUCAAGGAAUACUUACAGUAUUAUAGGGAUUCCUGGGUUGACUUACAGUCUCAGUCUGCAGCGACACGUCACUAUCAGCAAGGUAAUUUACUUGAGACAUGGAUGAUUUCAUACCGUGAAGUCCAAGGACGUGAUAGAACGGCUGCAGCGCUUUUACUUUUCCUUGCGUGUUUUGAUAACCGAGAUAUUUGGUAUGAGUUGAUCGAACAUGGUCGCAAUUACUCCAAUACUCCAGAUUGGUUCAAAAUAUCGGUUAAAAAUAAGCUUGCUUUUAAGGCACGGAUCAAGACUCUUCUUGGGUUUUCCCUUAUCGAAACUAGACAACUAGAGGAAAGCUACGCAUUACAUCCUGUGGUACAGAAUUGGUGUCUUCAUGUUGCCGCCGCUGAAAGGUAUAUAGCUGAACUGUAUGGACUCGCUCUGGCCGCUGUUGGGUAUAUGGUCCCAAGUACAGAUUACAGACACUAUGCAAAGCUCCAACAUCGACUCCUUCCACAUGCGAAUCAUCUGCUGCAAAGGGAGGCAUAUAACUAUACAGAUAACACGUCUAUUAUUUGGGGAGCCUUCCACGGUCUAGGACAUCUCUACAAAAAUCAGGGAAAGCUAAAGGAGGCAGAGAUGAUGUAUCAGCGCGCGCUGACAGGCUAUGAGAAAGCAUUCAGUCCUGACCAUAUAUCCACCCUGGAUACUGUUAACAGUCUUGGUCUUCUCUACUCUGAUCAGGGAAAGCUAAAGGAGGCAGAGACAAUAACACGCAUGCCUGAAUUGACGCACGGUCCUAUAGCGUUUGAUGGAAAUUUCAAAGACUCAGAACUGUCCAGACCACGCCGGAGGGGAUUUCUGUACAAGCUUUUCAAUAGAAAAUAA